CGCAGUUGCUUAUAUAUUACAAUUGUGCGUGGAAGAAUUUCCUAGUAUCAGUAGCAAUUUAGAAAAUCGUAUAUAUCACAUUUUCCUAUCAGUGAUACAGAGUAACAACACUACGCCAAAGGCGACCUUACUCUGUGUCAGUGAUAUAUAAAACCUGACAGAGCAGUUAGAAAUUUAAUUUUGAAUCUAUAUUCAAUUGUGAUUUAUCGAUGAAGCGUGAAAAUAAUACUGGAGAAAAUAAUUUUGGCAAUUAGUUUUGUCGUUCGAUGCGAACUGCUUUAAAGUAGUAACUUGCAUGACUUGACGUUUCGAGUCGCUCGAACUUCUGAACACAAACGGAACCAUUAAGUUGUGAACAUGGCGCGAGGUAGCAGUGCUGGUUUUGAUAGACAUAUUACGAUAUUUUCGCCGGAAGGACGGCUUUACCAAGUGGAAUAUGCGUUUAAAGCUAUAAAUCAGGGUGGUCUGACGUCCGUAGCUGUCAAAGGAGCCGAUACAGCCGUCUUCGCGACACAGAAGAAAGUACCUGAUAAGCUACUUGAUGCUUCCAGCGUUACUCAUAUUUUUCAACUUACAGAGCAUAUCGGUUGCGUUAUGACAGGCAUGAUAGCCGACAGCUGGUCGCAAAUGCACCGUGCACGAUACGAGGCAGCUCAUUUUAAGUAUAAGAACGAUUACGAAAUUCCUGUGGACACAUUGUGUCGUCGUAUCGCAGAUAUCAGUCAAGUGUAUACACAGAAUGCAGAAAUGCGUCCGCUCGGAUGCUCUAUGAUUCUUAUUUCAUACGAUAAAGAGAAGGGCCCGUGUAUUUAUAAAACUGAUCCUGCAGGAUAUUUCUGCGGUUACAAGGCUAUUGCUGUCGGUGCCAGACAAACCGAGGCUAAUUCUUAUCUUGAGAAGAAAUUGAAGAAGAAGCAAAAUUAUGAUUAUGAUAAAACAAUACAGUUAGCUAUUACGUGUUUAUCUACCGUUUUAUCUGUCGAUUUUAAGCCAACAGAAAUAGAAGUUGGUGUGGUAUCAAAAGACAAUCCCAAAUUUCGGAGUUUAACUGAAGAGGAGAUCGAUAAACAUCUUACUGUAAUUGCCGAAAAAGAUUGGUAAUUUUAUGUACGUUUGAAUACAAAUAAAUUUCAUGUAUUACUUAA